AUAAAAGCGACAGAAUAUCCAACAGUUUGGAUAUAAAAAUUAUAAUUACUUUUGGUUUUGGUUGUUGUUAUUGUCGUUAUUUCACUGUAUGUUAUAUACUGUUAGUAUUGAUACGAAAAAUAUAUGUAACACUAUUUCGCCAACAGUUUAAUUAAAGGAAUUGACAAGAAAUCUAUUCUCAGUUAUUAUUGCUUUCUAUACAACCGUUUAUAUCGACCGAAAUAAUGUACGGAUUUGUUAACCACGCGUUGGAACUGCUGGUCAUCCGAAACUUCGGCGACAAAAUAUGGGAACAAAUCAAGAAAGAGGCCGAAGUGGAAAUGGAGGGCGCAUUCCUCGUCCGACUUAUAUAUGACGAUGAAAUCACAUAUAAUUUGGUCGAAGCGGCCGAAAGAGUAUUAAAAAUCCCGGCCAACGCUAUACUGGAGAUGUUUGGCGGUAUGUUCUUUGACUUUUGCCAGGAGUCGGGCUAUGAGAGCAUUUUGCAAGUGUUGGGCGCCUCUCCCCGCGAUUUCCUGCAAAAUCUGGACGCACUUCACGACCAUUUGGCCACAAUAUACCCGGGAAUGCGGGCGCCGUCCUUCAGGUGCACCGAAGACCCCCAGACCGGGACUCUUAUACUACACUACUAUAGCGAGAGGGAGGGACUCGAGCCCAUUGUAAUCGGUAUUGUGAAG